CCCUUUACACCACAAUAUUCUUCUUCUUCUUCUUGAUCAAUCUCUUCUAAGCCACUUAAUUCAUUCUCUUAACAUGUUUAUUUAUAGCUUCUCAUAGCACACUUUCUUUGAUUUCUCUUAGAGCCACUACUCUUCAAUGGCUGCCCUACCACAUCAAAAAUACUCAUUAAGGUCCCAGGAAUAUGUUCCCAAGUGGCAUCGACCGAGCCACUAUACAUGUGUCACAUGUUCAGCCACUACUAGUACCAAACCCAAGUCCGGAUCCCCCAACACCGGCCGGCUAAUCAUCGAGCCCCAGCUAGUAACUUCGCCAAUGGUCACACCCACUUCUGCGACUGGCACUCUCCUCAGUGACCCAUCUUUGCAGUCAACAUGGACUCAUCGUGCUUGGGUUGCAAGUGGGUGCAUCACAGUGGCUAUUGCCCUAGCCAAGUCCAUGGUGGCUGCCGCCACUUCCCACGUCUGGCUCGAGCCCAUGUUGGCAGGCUACAUCGGUUACAUUCUAGCUGAUCUUGGGUCCGGGGUGUACCACUGGGGCAUUGACAAUUAUGGUGAUGCUUCAACUUCCCUUUUCGGUUCACAAAUCGAUGCCUUCCAGGGUCACCAUAAGUGGCCCUGGACAAUCACCAGGCGCCAAUUUGCUAACAAUUUGCAUGCCCUGGCUAGGGCCACAACCUUCACAGUGCUACCUUUGGAUAUCCUCAGUGAUGAUGCAAGUUUCAAUGGGUUUGUCAGUGUCUGCGCAGGCUGCAUUAUGUUUAGCCAGCAGUUCCAUGCUUGGGCUCAUGGCACUAAGAGCAAGCUGCCGCCAUUAGUGGUGGCAUUGCAGGACGCCGGGGUGCUUGUGUCGCGUGCACAACACGCAGCACAUCACAGGCCGCCUUAUAACAACAAUUACUGCAUAGUGAGCGGAAUCUGGAAUCGAUUUUUGGAUGAACAGAAGGUGUUUGAAGCAUUGGAGAUGGUUUUGUUUUUCAAAUUCAGGGUUCGACCCCGCUCAUGGAGUGAACCCAGCUCUGAGUGGACUGAAGAAGCUGAGAGUCCUCCUCAAAUUGCAGCUCCCUGAUAAUUUGUUUUUAUCAUUUUGUAGGUGCAAAUCAAUAUUGCCAUCCUUUUGGAUCAAGUCCUCUGGUAGAUACAAGUUUAUGAACAAAAUUCCACUGGGUGAAGAUUGUGGGGCGACCUGAAUCUGGAACACAGCUUCUCUGUUUAUAAGAUUAUUCAGAAGAAAAUGGAGAUUAAAGGUAGUGUUGGUGAUGGUGUUCUUGUAUCGAAUGCAGGGUAUUCUUUCGGCAGAAUUCCUGGGUGAUUAACAGAUUACAGGGUUAUUCUGCUCGUUAUUGAUUAAUGAUACUUGUAUUCUUUCUUUCAUUAGGUCUACCUGUGUGAAGGACUUGAAGUCAAUGUAAAACAAGUUAAUCAAUUGGGGAAAUGAUUAUGAUUUCAUA